CACAGAUGUUUUCUUUUUGUAUCUACCCUGAUCCCGAUUCAAGAUCUAACACAUCACUUCUUAGCACGUAUCUUGCAAUCUGAGGAGAAAGUUCCUGAAAUCUGCCAGGUACAUGUCCGGAGAUCAGCCAAAGCAAAGACAAGACCAGAGUCAAACAGUGACAGUACUUCUACCUAGUUACUACCAAGAUGCCGAAAAAGACCGUUCAGCAGUUGGAUGCAUACAUUAAGGCAACAGCCGUCGUGUACGACCACUCCAACACCAAACUCAUCAGCAGGAAGACUAACGUCAAACCAAGGAGGAAACAAGCUUUCCUGUCUGGACUGCAUUUCGGGAAAACGUCUUCUGAUGAUUCCUAUGCACAGAGGAGACCAUUGAAACGAUGGAUUCGAAGAGAAUCGAGGGGCACUCGCCAAAGUCAGAGUAAUACCAAAGACGGAAAACAGAAACUGCAUCUCUUUGUCCGGACUCCUCUCUCAAAAAAACCCAAGACACUUUACUUUGAACUCCAUCCCGAGACAUCAGUCACAUCUCUUAAGGAAACAAUCCAGAAGAGAAUUGGUGUUGAGGCACGAUAUCAGCGUCUGUACAUCAGGAGAAACUUCCAGCUGUGUGACCUACUCACACUUGAGGAGAAUGGUGUCGGCAAGGAUGAAAUCAUCUCGCUCCAUCUUUCAGUAGAUGGUCCAAAUGAUGACUAUGUAUCAAAAGACAAAGCCAACAUUGAUGAUGAGUACCUCAAGGACUUGUCUUGGAAAAGUGAAUCAUCAUGGAAGGAACUAGCUGAACAUCUAGGAUAUGAAGAAGCGGAAAUUGCAGACAUCCAAUCCAGCAACAAAGGCAGCAAUGAAGCUGGCCGUCACAUGCUACUCACUUGGUGGGAAAAGACGACAGAUCGCGACGAAGCAGCUCAGCAGCUGAGACGAGCACUGGAGGCCAUCGGGUUGACUGAUUUGGCCCAAAAUGUACCAGUAAAGAAUGAAUCAAGAGACGAAGCAUCUGGGCCCGAGCCAGAAAGGCGCCAAGAUGCAGGAGUAGACGAGGAGAACAAGGAAAGCAGGGCGGCAUCAAACAAAGAAAAGACACGGAAAAAGUAA